AUGAUUCACCAGCGCAAGAACGAUAAAGCCCUCAGCACCCUCGCCGGGUCUUCCUUCCGACGUCCUUUCCGGCUUUACCUUCCAAUCCUUGCCUCGACAUUAAUGACUGCUCUUGUCGUCUAUGCUGGGGAGUACACCCGCGACCCUUCAGGAGAAGAAGUGCCUCCGAAAGGAAACACUUUUGACGAGCAAAUGCAGCCUUGGUUCUGGGCAGCAGUCGAUCUCAUGAACCCAUUUCGACAUAUUGUCAACCGCGAGAACAUGAGAGGCAGCGAAUACGACGAUCAUCUUUGGACGAUCCCUGUCGAGUUCAAGGGCUCACUACUUGUCUUCCUCCUUCUGCUCAUCUUCUCCCGGGCUAGAAGAUGGAUCCAUGCGAUGGCCGUGACUGGUAUUGCUUUGUGGCCAGUUCAAUCGGGGGACUUGGACCAGGCGCUCUUCGCCAUCAGGAUUUUGCUUGCAGAGCUAUCCAUCGCUUUCCCAGCAAGCCCUUUGACGACAGCGACACCCGACGACGCCCUGCCAAAGCACAACGUGCGAUUUGCUCGCAAGGCUGGCUCAAGCUCUGUCAAGGCUAUCCAUCACGCGAGUACGAUGGUUCUCUUUUUGAUUGCGCUACACUUGCUCUCCUACCCCCAGCUUAAUGCUGCCAGUACUCCUGGAUUCGUCUCUCUCGCCCAAAUGGUUCCGGCAUACUAUCUCGGUAACACAAUUCGUACCCAGCUUUUCUGGAAUUCUGUGGGAUCCGUCAUCUUCAUGUUCGCGUUGAUGUACUCACCUGCGGUUUCUUUCAACCUAUGGUCCCGAUUGACAUGCCGCAAACUUCGUCUCCCAUGGCAGAAAACCAAUAUGGACCUCGAAGAGAACGAAAAGGAGGAGCUUGCAACAGCGUCAUCUGCUAAGAACGAGCCAGCGCCGGAACCACUCCUCCAACGCCUCUUCACCGCAAGGAUAUCACAAUACCUGGGUCAUAUUUCCUAUUCUCUGUACCUCUGUUAUGGGACCAUCAAUCAUAUAGUCGGCAUCAGAUGGCUAGGACCCGCCAGUGCAGCUUGGACCCAGACCGUGGACGAGGCCACAGCUCUGGUGGCUGCGGGAAAUGGCGCUGCGAGCGACGAGCUUUUGAGCCAGGGUUCUAGUGCAUACCGGUAUGCAUUCUUUUGGGGCACUUUGAGUAACAACUUGGCGCUUUUAUGGGCGAGCGAUGUCUUUAACAGGCUGAUCGAUGCUCCAGCUGUAAGACUUACUCGAUGGAAUGGCGAGAAGGCCUGGAGGAAAGAUUAG